AUGAGGUUGAAGUCGGCGUAUGGAACGCCGGAGGUAAUGCAGGCCGCGUUGUGGAUGACAAUGGACACAGACUUAGUGUGGCACCCCCACUCGACAUACGCCCGCCAGCAUGGCCCCGCCACCGCUACUCAACGCCCGUGGCUGUGCGACGACCUCUCUUUCGCUCCCGCCUCAACGACCUCGCCCUCCCGGCUCUCGACGACGUACCUGGAUCGGCGCCCGCCACUCAGCUACCAACGGACCGCGACGCCGGCACGACAAAGCGGGCGGGGACGUGCCUCGCUCGACACAGGGAGCUUAUCAGCGGCCCGGCUCCGCCACACGACGACGACCCCUAUCCAUCAGUUGGCGCCCUCGAUCCGCCAGGACUCGAGGCUACCACCACUCGACCACAGCAACUGCCGCACGCACGGGCGAUAG